GUGGCUGCGGCUGGCGAGGCAGGCCGAGCCGUUCUUUUACUCCAUCCCCCUACCAGUCUGAGGGCAUCCCCAGUUCCGCACCCGACAUGGCGGGCGGGCGCCGCGGCCCGGUGGCGUUGGCGAUCCUGGCUGCCUGGCUCGCCGCGGCGACCAAGGGCCAGGAGCAGGCCGCAUUGCCGGCGGAGCAGAGCCGGGUCCAGCCCAUGACCGCCUCCAACUGGACGCUGGUGAUGGAGGGCGAGUGGAUGCUGAAAUUUUAUGCCCCAUGGUGCCCGUCCUGCCAGCAGACCGAUUCGGAAUGGGAGACAUUUGCCAGGAAUGGAGAAAACCUUCAGAUCAGUGUGGGGAAAGUAGACGUCAUUCAAGAACCAGGUUUGAGUGGCCGUUUCUUUGUGACUACUCUCCCAGCCUUUUUCCAUGCAAAGGAUGGGAUAUUUCGACGUUACCGUGGCCCAGGAAUCUUUGAAGACCUACAGAAUUACAUCUUAGAGAAGAAAUGGCAAUCAGUUGAGCCUCUGACUGGUUGGAAAUCCCCAGCUUCUCUAACUAUGUCUGGAAUGGCUGGUCUUUUUAGCAUCUCUGGCAAGAUUUGGCAUCUUCACAACUAUUUCACAGUGACCCUGGGAGUUCCUGCUUGGUGUUCUUAUGUCUUUUUCGUCAUUGCCACUUUGGUGUUUGGUCUUUUCAUGGGUCUGAUCCUGGUAAUAAUAUCAGAGUGUCUCUAUGUGCCACUUCCAAGGAAUUCACCUGAACGUUCUGAACAGGAUCAGAGGUCACAGGAGGCUCAGGGGGUUGAACAGCUGCAGGAUGCAGAAGAGGAUAAAGAUGACUCGAAUGAAGAAGAAAACAAGGAUAGCCUUGGGGAUGAAGAGGAAGAGAAAGAAGACCUUGGAGAUGAGGAUGAGGAUGAGGAGGAAGAGGACAACCCAGCUGGUGGUGUGGAUGAGGAGAAGGGAGAUCCCAGUGACCAGGGUCCCCUGAAGGAGGGCAAUGUGGCUGAGAAAGAGGGUGAACCUGACAAACCUGGUGAGCAGCACCGUCCUGUGGACAUGGAGCUGCCGGAGGACUCGCUGAGGCAGCGCAAGAGCCAGCUUACUAAGAAGGGACCAUAGGGUUAACGGCACUCUUUCCAGGGAUCCAGACCAAAAGAAUAUUUCAGCUUCCCUCUGGGUCUUCAGUUUAAACCAAAUCCUUAACUUUUCCUGAGUCAGCAAGCCUCUCUCUGAUGAUCUCAAGUCAUAUUGGAUGCAUUGGCUGUAAGCCUGUUUAAGAAUCAAGUGUGACAAUCUAGAGACAGAAACCAACCUGCUUUUAGAAAUAUAGUUGGGCACAUAGGAUGGGAUCAAGUUCAUUUAUUGGAGCUACAGAGUCAUCCAGAGAAGCUACCCACUGCCCUCAUUAGCACCUUCUAGAGAUAAGGCUGCAGGCCCCAUAAAAUGAAAGAAAAGCUCUCUCUUCUCAGCAUACCCUGUUUCACUUCCUUUUCCCAUAUUAUAUCUUCAUUUUUUGUCACUAUGAGAAGCACACAAACACAUUUUUAGGAACAAAAAUUGAGAGGGUCUGGGAUAUAAUUUACCAAGAAACUUACUAGAGGGUUGAGAAGUCAUUUCAGCCCUCUAACUCUCCUUGAUUGUUUACUUCUUGCCUUUAGUUUACCCAGCUUUUCUGCCAUAGACCCGCACAUACUCUACCCUUCACCCUUCAUCCUGAGCACUGAGCAGCCAGGUCUCCACCCACCACACGUUUUCACUUAAAGGUCUAGAGAAUCAGUCACUACAGCCUGUAAGAAUGUGACUGUCAGUCAAGCUUCUUGAAUGGCAAGUUGUAAUCUUUGGAAAUUUGGAAAAGCAAGUAGGGAUUUUAUACAACAGAUUUUAAAAAGUCAUUUUUGUCCAACAUGUAAUAUGUCCUUUUUUUUCUUUUCCUUUCUUUCUUUCUUCCUUUCUUUUUUUUUCUUUUUCUUAAAGCCGGAAGUGCUCUAAAUCUUGCGCUAGUACAAAGUAGUCUUGUGCAAAAAUCUUGAAUGCUAUGUUGUUUUGUUUCCAUCUCUCGGCUUCUCUGGCUCUUGAAUGACUUCAAUAACAACUGCAAAACCAUUUCUGAUUGUCUUUCCAUGAUGUGUUAUUUGUGAAGAAAUUAAUGAAAGGAGGUUAAAGAUUUGAUUUUGUUUCCAUCUUCUUGAGAAUCAUAUCUUUAUAAAUCUCUCACUGUUCAAUCUCCUCUAAAUUCCCAGGGAGCCCAGUUUCUUUAAAAUAUCGAUCUAUCUUCUCUCUUACCUGAUUUAUGUGUUAGAAUAAAAUCAUAAAAUUAGAUUCCAGGCAUAUGAAAGAUGCUUAACGUCAAUCUUAGGCCUCUGAGUUCCAGACAGAAUGAGUAAAGGUUUAUGAAGUUCAGGAAGUUUCUAUCUUCUUUAUAAAGGAAUGUAUAAUGUUUAGAUAACCCUUUCCCUACACUAACGAAGCAUGGAACUUAGUGGUGGGGAAAUUCUAACACCCUUCCCUCCCAUACUUGAAUAAGGCUGCUGUAAGCCUUGCACAAAGGAGGAUUUUAGUCUGAUAGUCCAUCUUGAGAAGAGGUUGUUUUUCAUCUUUCCAGAUAGUUAACCAGCAGUCUUCUCCUGGUGUAUGGUGGUUUGUUAAGAGUUGUCAAUAAUUGUGUUCUUCAGACAGCAGUGCAGCCUCAAAUCUGAGCACAUGGAUGGAUGGAAAAAUCCUUAACUUGUGCUUAUACCCUACCCUUGCUGCCAUGUUUCUGCCCCUCUGAUUAAUGCCAUGGUUCAGAGGGGGCCACCUCUACCUUCCUGAUCCAAGAAACUCUACUGGCUCAGACUGAGUUAUUUCUGCCUUCUUGUCACUGAGUCUCCUUCUCUUAAAAUCAAUGAAACAAAGUUUUCAAAGGAUAGUAAAUUCAAGUUCAUAGUUUUGGAGUAACAAAAGUUUCAUAGUUUGGCUUUUCUUUAUAAUACACCUCCUUCAGGUUGAAAUAUUUAUUUUUCUCCGUGCUAUAUUUGACUACAGGGGAAGGCAUAAGGAAAUUAUUCAACCCUGGCUUUUAUAAAUACAAAGGCAGUUUCCAAUUGGACCCCAUUGGUACCUAAUUGUAUAAUAAGAAAACAUUAGUUUUCUCAGCAAUACUUAAAAAUAAUUAAAUAUGGUUCAAAAAUUAUCUUGGAGAAGAGCGUUCGGUAAAAUUGUAGCAAUCAUUUUUACUGAUUUCCUCUGUUUUAGCAUUCUAAUAAAAGGUUUCUAAUAUUAAAAGGCCAGAUACAUGUACAUUUAAUUUCUGUUCUUGAAACCUCUAAGUUUAUUUUCAAUAGUUAAUUCACAUUAAAUGGAAGGAAAAGUCAACCUACAAUAAUUUAAAUUUAAACAUACAUUAGCAUCUAUAAGACUAAAUGGACUUUUUUCUGUAGAUAAUGUAUUUAAUCUAGAAGUGAUGUGCUGAGAAUCAUGAUUUUAAAAACAAACAAGCACGUAUUCCUCCAUUGAGGUAUCAGAUAUUUAAUUACAGAUGUUAUUUUAUAUACAUUAAAAUUAGGUGAAAAAGAGAUUAUGGAAUAGAGGUGCCCAGCAUUUUAUGUGUAGGUAAUUGAAAUAAGGUGCCUUCUGAUUGAUUAGAAGGAAUAACGGGAACUUCUAGUUAUCUUUAUGUUGAUUUCUUUAUUAUACAUUCUAUGUUUGGUCUGCUGAACCAAGCCAACUUGAUUAGAAAUCUUGUAAUGAAAUAACACACAUGCAUUUUCCCUUUGAAGUAUAAUCACUGAAUAGGGAGCAAUAGGACCUAUUCAAUUCACAUGCCAUUCACAUUUCUUGCACAUAGCUUCACCUUGAGCGUAGGAUGCCUGUCAGUUAGCUAAAUAUUCUAGUAUAAAGUUAACAGACUUCAGCCAGGUUGGCUUUUGACAGUUGAGAAAGGCACACUUUGAAAUUUUAUGGCCAAACACCUUGUUGGUAAUCUAUGAUGUUGCAAAGUAUCUUAGGUGUUUAUAUGUCAGCAGAACUGUGUCCUGUAACACCUUAGGGUAGAGGAUAGAAAUUAGUUAAGGAAUAGUUACCAUAUGACUUUUUAUUAGCAAAUGCUUUAGGAAUGAAGCUAGCUUGUUGCUUUGUAGGAUAGGAAGCAUUAAAGAGUCUAAAAGAAAAUGGAAAGACUGAAAAGAAAGGUAACCUGAAAUCUUAGCAUGAAAACUUUGACGUGAAGCUAAACAAAGAAGGGAGAACUGCUGCUAUUGGUAAUAUGCGUCAGAAGGCUUUCUGUCAUUCAUCUCAAUGUCCCAGCCUUAUUUCUGCAGAUAUUAAUCAGGGAUGGUGGCCCAUCCUAUCAAGUAUUCCAAUGGUUUAGAAAGUAUUCAUGUAAAUCUUUUGUGCCAACAAGGAAGUUCUUUCAGUGAGGUGUCUUACACCUUGAUCCUCUUGAAACAAUUCUAGCUGGCCUUGCAGAAUCCAGGUAUGAAGUCCUCGAUCUGAUUGCACCUGUUGGGGCAGUUCUGUGGAUAGCUUUCCAAAACCAGGAGGUACAAUUGCAACUGAAGGGUCUUUAAAACUCUCAGCCCAUUUGUGGCCUUUAGAUGGUUAUUCUCAGUGGAGUUUUAUGUAGACUGUGCUGCUGUAAAUAUGUGUGUGACUCCUAUGUUUUUAUCAUUUUUCCAAGGCCUUUUAAUUGUAUGCAUUACUAGACAGCUUUGUGGAUAUGCAGUUUUUAUACUAAAGACACUGGUUGGUUGUACUGCAACAUUAUGAGUUUGUCCUUUAUAUCCCUUGUAAAUGUCUUGUUUAUUAACUCUGAUGUAUUUAUUUUUCUCUUUAUUGAUGUGUUCCUUGCUUCUUUGAAUAGAUAUGUAGCCAUUAAAGUGAGAAAUUGAGUCAUUGUUAUCUGAUCAUAGAAUUGUACAUAAUCCUGUAUCUUAUAUGAUUUCCCUUUACUGUAAAUUUCUGUUUGCACCAAAACAGAACAAUAGUUAUGACUAAGUAAAAACAAAAUGAUGUAUUGCUUUUCAUAUAAAUAUUUUCACAAAAAC